AUGACCACCUAUAAAACUCUGCCACGACGUGGCUUCUCGACGUAUUUUGCUAUCCGCCACCAUGAAGCAUUGGAGACGACGCUCUUCCGCUGUUUUGACGAUCGUCCUGCAAGUGCUGAUACUCCUGCUUCCCGAUCCUGGAGUGGCCAUGACGAUGGACCAGUUUUUGACCUCGCUAGACAUGAUCAGGAAUGGCUGUGCACCAAAGUUUAAGCUUAAAACAGAAGAUCUCGAUCGACUUCGCGUGGGCGACUUCAGUUUUCCGCCAUCGCAGGAUCUCAUGUGCUACACAAAGUGUGUGUCCUUGAUGGCGGGCACUGUGAAUAAAAAGGGGGAGUUCAACGCUGCCAAGGCUCUGGCCCAACUUCCGCAUCUGGUACCCCCGGAAUUGAUGGAGAUGUCCAGGAAAUCCGUAGAAGCUUGCAGAGAUACGUAUAAACAAUUCAAGGAAUCGUGCGAGAGGGUCUACCAAACAGCUAAGUGCUUCUCUGAAAAUUCCGAUGAUAGGUUCAAGUGGCCUUAAAAAAGUUUUUGAGAACUGAGCUUAUUCAGGUUUAUUCUUCAAUGAUCAAUUUUAAUAUGAUUUCUGUGUAAAUCAUGUGUAUGUUGAAAUCAUCAAAUUAUAUUGAGAAAUCCUUGUAAUCUUAACCUGAAUUAUGGUAGGAAAUGAAGAUACCCUUACUUACGCUGUUGAUUCAAUUAAAACCAAAAUUUACACAUUAAAAAAAGCUUAUAUACCUAUUAAAAUAGGAAGAAACUAAAAUUUCUUGUCUAUUAAUCAAUCCUACUUUCAAUUUUCCGACUAUUCCUACUUUUCUAUGACAAAGUCGUCCGAUUUUAAUCAAGUUAAAUCUGAAAUUAUAUAUUGACAAACAAAGAUUUGAACACCUCAUUGAUUUCAAACAUGUUAUAGUUUAUUGCUGAUAUUAUUAACUAAAUACAAUGGAUUUAUGUUCGCAGAACGCACACUUAUACAUUUUGUAGUUUAUAAAUACCCAACUGGCUUAGCAACGCAUUCAAACUUAGGGAGAUCUUUGCAUUCUAGAGUUUACAAAAUAAAUGCAAAAUCUUAUACAAAAAAUGGUUGCCUUGCAAAUCUGUGUACAAAGUUCUUUCGUUAGCUAUGUAUUCAUCGUAUUCGAUAUCUUAAAUUUCGGGUCGGUAUAGAGUAGUGUCGUUAUAGAUCUCUCAAAAAGGGUCUCACAAAAAUAUAUCCGAUUAGAGCGUGUGUGCAGAUUUAGUUGAUGACGUUGAUGAGGAUGUCGAGGAAACCUGUGCGCCGUUUAGACGUUGGUUUGUGUAAACAACUAAGAGUCUAAUAACCUUCACACGUACAUAUAUAGUAGUUAGUACAUUGUAUAUAAAAUCAGUACACAUUAAUGCUUGUAUAUUGAACCGUUUCUUAGCUGGUUUGGAAAUAUUUUUAACUGCU